GGGUCAUAUUGCAACGAUUCCUCUUAAUGAGCAAAGAACUGUUACUGCGGAUUGGUAUACCACCAUUUGUUUGCCAAAAGUCAUCACCGAGCUUCGAAAAAUCAACCCCGAAAGAACAAUCAUCCUCCACAAAGACAAUGCAAGCUCGCACACAGCCCAAAAACCAAGGCAGUAUUUAA